GAACACUUCUCUCUCUAAUUAAAAUUAAGAAUUAAAAAUUAAAUUAAAACAAACAUUGGAGAGAAAGGGAAAGAGAACAAAAUCAAAGGAAGAAGAAACCCAAAAACUUGGAUUGCUUCCUUCCUUCCUUCCUUUCUUCCGCGUCAAUCGCCUCCACUGAUUCAUGGCCGAGUUGACUCAGUCGGAGGUCGUUUACUCGCCUCGGUCGCUUCAACUGUGGAAGACUCUCGUGAACUGCCUCGCGUUCUUCUACCAGAUCUUCCUCCAGAUCCUCCGCGCCGUAGGCUACCAUCCACUCCUCUCUUCCUCCGCUAAAUCCGCCGCCGAUGGUUUUAAACCCUUACCAAACAUCGAAUUGCUCGAAACGGCGGCGGAUUCUCCCACCUCCGUGGAAAUUGACUACUCUAGCGAUGGCGAACGCAGCCACUUUCAGAGACUCAAGGUAGUUCUUGACUUGGAUGAGACGUUAGUAUGUGCGUACGAGACGUCUAGUCUACCUGCUGCUUUGCGUAAUCAAGCCAUUGACGCUGGAUUGAACUGGUUCGAGCUGGAGUGUUUGUCAUCUGACAAGGAAGUUAAUGGGAAACCUAAGAUCAAUUACGUCACGGUGUUUGAACGUCCAGGAUUGCACCACUUCUUAGAGCAACUUAGCCACUUUGCUGAUCUUGUUCUCUUUACCGCUGGUCUUGAAGGGUACGCGAGACCACUUGUGGACAAGAUAGAUACCAGGAAAGUACUCAGCAACCGACUUUAUCGACCUUCAACAGUCAGCACGCAAUACAGAGAUCACGUGAAGGAUCUGUUAAGCACAUCAAACAACAUGUCUAGGACAGUGAUUGUUGACAACAAUCCUUUCAGCUUCUUAUUGCAACCAUCAAAUGGGAUUCCAUGUGUUGCGUUUUCCGCAGGGCAGCCAAAUGACACUCAGCUUUUGGAUGUUAUACUUCCACUUCUGAAACAACUCUCUGAGGAAGAAGAUGUGAGACCGACACUUUAUGAUCGUUUCCACAUGCCUGAAUGGUUUGAGAAGCAAGGCAUACCACCUUCGUGCUGGAGACCUUAGAAACUAGUGGAAAUAUAUCAGAAAUCUUUGGCCUACACAAAAAGGCAAAGGACUGGGUUGGUACAGUAGUUUCAUCAGUGAAAAAUUUGAGGAGGAAGGCACAGAAAUUACCAUUCGUAAUGUUUAUAUUCUAUGGUAGAGAUUCCCUUUAAAAGAUAAAAAUCUGUUACACAUUCUUGCUUUCAUGUAAUUCUCUAGUUCUGUGUGUAAUAUUGAUUGAUAUAAAAAAUGCAUUUUUUUUUUCCUUUUGGGCUGGUUCUGUUUGGAUAAAGGCUAGCGAAUUAUGGUUCAGACCGAAGCAAAAACAGUGUACCAAAUGAAC